AUGAGCACAUCACCUCCGCCAACCCCGCCUUCGAGGGCACCAGGUGACCAAGAGCGCCGAUUCAAGGAUAUUACGUCGCCUUGCGAAUGGAUAGAGGACUACCGCCCAGGCGGAUUCCAUCCUGUACACCUCGGUGAUUUAUUCAAUGAUGGCCAGUUCAAGGUGAUCCGGAAGCUUGGAGAGGGUGCCUACUCAACUGUCUGGCUUGCACAUGACCUGAGAAACUCUCGCUACGUUGCCCUCAAGAUUCUUAUCUCAGAGACUACAGAAGAGACCAGCCACGAGUUGCAUGUCUUGCACCAUCUUGCCAAGGUUGGGUCCCAGGAUAGGAUUGGGCAUGUUACUCAACUUCUUACAGACUUUGAGCACAAAGGCCCAAACGGCAUCCACAAGUGCCUUGUCUUUGAACCUAUGGGCCCAUCUGUCAACUCUAUGGUAUACGAGUUGCCCCAGUUCAAACCACGCAAAUAUGGAAUGAAGAUUCGCUACCCCCCUCAGAUAGCGAAACGCAUCCUCCUGCAAUCUUUGCAGGGGUUGGAAUUCCUUCAUGAGAAUGGUGUUGCGCAUGGAGAUUUUCAGCCCGGCAAUAUUCUAUUCUCAGUCCAGUCUAUCGAUUCCCUUGACGAGGCGUCCCUCCGCCAGGAAGAAAACGUCCAGGCAAAGUCAAUCUCGCCUCCUGUAGAGAGACUUGAUGGCAAGCAAGACAAAUGGGCGCCGCGAUAUCUCUGCCUUGCUCAACCAUUAGCACCCUACGCGAGCGUUUCCGAGAACCUCCGGGUCAAGCUAUCUGAUAUGGGUGGUGCCUACUUUCUGAACGAUCCUCCCAAGAAGCCUAUUACGCCGCUCGGCCUACGGGCGCCGGAGCUUGUUCUCAUGGGAGAGGUAGACAAGUCUCUCGACAUCUGGAGUUUUGGUUGUCUUGUUUUUGAACUCGUCACCGGCCAACCUCUCUUCUGUGUUCCUGCAUACAACCACAGGACCGAGGAAGAUGAUAACCAUAUUCUUGAGCUCCAAGCAAAGCUUGGCCCGCUUCCUGAUGAGCUCUACAGCCGCUGGGAAACCUCUUCGCGGUACUAUACAAAGGACAGGAAGCUUUAUAACUGCCAGCUUGGUGGCGUUGGCGAGGGUGAAGAGCCACUCAUGCUAGAACAGACUUCUAUGGAGGAAGCCUUCGACUUGACAAACCCGGACUUGACUGAUGAAGAGGCAGAAAAGGUCAAGAGACUUGUCCGUCGGAUCCUUCAGUAUGAUCCUUCUAAAAGACCCAUGAUCAAGGAUAUUCUAUGCGACCCGUGGCCGGCGUCAUAUGAUACUCCUAUGGGUGGCGUCAGGUUGUGCUGGUCCUAUAGCCUUUUCAAUCCCACAGCCCCCGGCAACGCCGAUGAAUGUGAUGACCACUCACACCUGGGUCAGAUUUCUGCCUUGAUCGGACCUCCACCGCAGAGUCUACUGUCUAGCGGCCAAAGAACUUCCAUGUUCUACAAACUCGACGGCGAGCUCAAGAAUCCUGGACUUGUCCCAACCCCUGGCGAUUUCAGCUUUGAGAAUACCAUUGGUUGCUUGGGCGGCGAGGAGAAGCUGAGGUUUAUUCGAUUCAUCAAGAGAAUGGUGAGGCGGAGUCCAGAGGAGAGAAGUAUUGCAAGAGAACUGCUUGAUGACCCGUGGUUAUAUGAAGACUUUCCCCAAGAUUAG